CUACCUAUUCUGCAGGUAGAUUGUAACAUAAUACCUUUCAAACUCAGCAAAUAAUCGCGUUUAUUUUAUUUUUUGUGUUCAGUGUUUUCGGUUUGUUUUUGACCCGACGAAAACGGAUUAGACAACUAAAACGUUAUAUAAUAUUAGACAUUUUCGCGCUAUUUGUCCGACUCGUGUAAAUUACUGUUAAAUUGUAAUUAUUUAACCGUUUAUUUUAUUUCGGAUUUAUAUUUUGAGCAUAACCCUGGUAUCCAGAGUAAUUUGGUCAUUGGUAAUUUGCGGGAGCGAAGGGUUGAUACGGAACAAUACAAAUUAGGAAAAUAUCACUCAGGACUGUAUUAAUCGGCACAACAUUUUUGAAGAUAUCAUACUCAUGGAUCCGUGUUAAUCUUAAAUCAUAUUAAGAUAAUAAAGCAUAAGAGGAGAUGGAACUGAAAGUAAAGUAAUCCGCCGAGCCACCCAGCCGAACACAUAGAAUUGACCAAAAACUGAGCCCUGUCCGGCGAUCGGCCGCGUACCACCGUCAGUUGUGUGACAACUGCCAUUCAGCGCGUGUCAGCCGUCUUCCUGCUCCGGUGCAAAGCCCGUGACCACUUACCACCGCUUCAUUUUUAGAAGAUCUCCACGCUUCUUUACAGCAAAACAGUUCAAUUUUCAACAGACCACAAACACUAACUAGAUAUGUCCGACCAGCAGGGAGACGACGGCGGCGACAAGUGGAGAAAAACGUCGCCAGGGCUCUCUGGGUCGGAUAAUCCGCAGUGCACGCCCAAGCAGAUCAAAGACUUGACUUUGGACGAAUUGCGCCAGGACGAGAGGCUGUGGACGGCGUACGAGAGAGGCUGGUGUGACUUUUUACAGUUGUACAUGAGCAUGCAGCUGAUGCAGUCGGAAACGUCUUACAUGUUGCCUGAACUCGCGCGGCCUGGGCAUCUGGGCCCCGUGGGUGCUGCAGAUUCCGGUGCAGCAGGGCAGGCCACUGCGCCGAGCGCACGCGAUCCUGAGAGUGCAUCUUCGGGAGGCGAUCCGGUAUCGGCUGCACCUGCAGUUGCAGCAGACGUGAAGGACUCGCAGGACAAGGCUAACGACGAACCGGACCCAGUGCGUUCUCCGGGCAAGGAAGUCGAGCUGAAAGUGGACAACGGUCUGCCCAGACGCAUCGACGUUCGCGUUCUCUCGUCGCGCAUCAAGCGCACUUACAAGUACGCCGACGUCCGCUUGUGCGAAUUCCAAGGACUUGGCCCGCGCGCUGUGGUGCAGGAUGACGACAAAGAUGAUCCGGAAAUGGUUGCUAAGCAACUGUCCUCGAUCAGGAUCAAGAUCACGACGCCGGAAGCGACAGAGUUCGAACUCGAUACGUUCGACGAAAACGAUGACGAGGAUGAUGACAACGAUGACGAGAAGCCGAACGCCGACGACGAGUAGUUGCCGUCUGCUAGCAACACAAACAUUAGACUUUUUACGACAUAUAAUAAUCCCUUAUUCAUUCAAAUAUUAUAAUCUUCUCCAGGGCUUGGAAGUUGAAGCACUAUUAUAGUUACUUUUUAGCGCUUUGAUGUGCAAUGCUUAUAGAAAUGCCAAAAUAUGGAAAAAAAAUAGCUUUUUGGAGAAACCGUUUCAAUUUUACUUAUUAUUUUUUUUUAAAUACUUUUAACUUUUGCCUUUAUUAUUUAUUUUAGAACUUUUAUUUCCGAAAAUAUAAGAUUUAGGUGUUCGGGAACUAGGUAGUUGGACCAACUGCUUCAUUACUACCGGCUGUUUUAUACAAUUCCAUAAUAAUUUUAAUCUUAAUAUUAUAGACAAUAUUAUGCUGGAUGAGCAAAUAUAAAGAAAAAAAAUUCAACGAAAUAUUUUUCGACUACAUUCUUAUUUGAGAUAACCAUACAAAUGAAAAUUAAAAAAAUUCAAGUUUAAAUUGUUCGUGCUAAAAAGCACUGAAUAAGCAUUACACGCUUAAAAAUGAUAAAAAAAUAAAUUUUUUUUAACUUUUAUGACAACAUCUGCGGGAAAAAAAUUUGAAUCUCAGUAUGAUACGUUUUAAGUCUUAACAAAAAAAUAUGCAAAUGCUAGAACCUCCAAGCCCUGAAUUCAUUAUAUAUUAUUAUUAUUAUUAUCAUAACGAGUAGAGUUUAGCUGUCCUUUUCGAAAUCCCAGUGUCUUUUCAUUAUUUUUAUUAUUAUUAUAUUUUCUCCGACAUUGGUUUAUAUUUAAGAAUUCGAUUUAAUUAUAUAAUAUUAUAUUCAAAUCAUAUUUUUUUUUUUCCACUAAAUAUUAUUAAUUAUAUUGUAUUAUUUUUAUUUUUGCGUUGACAUAAUAUUAAUAUACUAUAUACAUUAUACGCGCACAGUCGCGGUGCAGCUCAUACGUAUAUUGUAAAGUAUAAUAAAUAUUCUAUGUCAAGAAAAUUUUCAAAUUUAAUUAAAAAUAAACAAAACGCUAUUAUAUA